AUGCUUGCAAGGUAUUUCGGUGAUGUUGCCAAGGCCAAAGAUGUUUCACAGGGUACAGUGUGGGGGGAUUGCAACUGGCUCGAUGGCAAAGUACCAGCAGUUCACCCAGAUGUCGUUUGGGCUUCUUAUUUCUUGCAGCUGAUUCACGUCCCCCACCAGGAAGAGGAAAGUCUAGCAGCUGUUUAUGGCAUGAAUUGUUUUGUUGCAUAUGUCAUUCUCUGUCAAAUUAUGGCAGAGGAGUUCUUGGACCUGUUGCCGCAGGAGAGGAUUGACAAGUUCGGGAUCUUGGUCAUGAGCGAAGGCGGGAAAUUGUUGUCCAGGUUAAUGUUGAAUAGAAUGGAUUCACAGCAAAUCAUAGCGGGAGUACUGGCACAAUCUUGA